AAAUCAAAAUGGAAAGAUAUCUCACAUUUGGCCAUGCUCUUAACAACUCCGUUGUUAAGUUUGAAACGUAAAGGGUAUCCCGUUGAUCGUAUACUGGCAAGUUACAAAAUACCAGUUCGCGUUGCUGAUAAAUACGAACCGCCGAAAUCCUCAGCGCGAUUAGUAGAAAAAACUAGCUCCUCGAAUUCGCCCCUGGAAAUUGAAAAACUCGUUAAACAACUGCAAGACACGUACCCAGAUUGUGAUCCAGCUUUCAUUCAUCAACUUCUCGUCAAAGAAAAAUUUGAUAUGAAUAAAGUAGCUAACAAUUUAGCCGAUACCAAUUAUCCAAAAAUUUCGAAAACUCCUCUUCAUGGUUCUAACAACAACGAUGGUGAUGAUGGGUCAAAGAAUAAUGGAUGGAAUUUACUUGAAAAGAUGAAAUCUAUUUCAAACUAUGUUACCUCACCGAACGGUGUUAGCGGUCAGGUUCCUGUUCAACCUCAACAGGUUGUUGAAUCAAAAUCUUCGGUCGGUGAAUUACCGCCCAUUACCAAACCAAUUGAAGUUAAUCCUAGGACCACCAAAAAUCUGCACAAUGCGCUUCGUGAAGCUGUCAAAUCAAGCCGUUCAAAUUCGGGAAGUGUCAUCGAUAGUCAGGCAACGGUGAAAGUUGUUACUGAAAGUCAGACAAGUUAUUGUGACGUUUUGCCAGGUCAUUCGCUUAUCUACAUUGGCAUAAACAACGAAAUUGAGCUAUACAUCGCUAAAGGCUUAGAUCCAUCUGAAAUUACUAGCGGGGCAAGGUCCAAGUCCUUAACUCGAUUUGUUAAUAUUCUCAGGGAUCUUUGUGAGGUGUUUGAACUUCAACCGAAGGCAGUUCAUAUCUUCUAUGAUAACAACUCGAAUUCAAUUGCUUUCAACCGGGGAAGAGCUUUAUUCUUCAACUUUAGAUUUUACCUUGGGUUACACAACGAUGAGGAUAGCGACGUUACAUCCAGCGAAACUUUGACCUAUUGGUACAUGACGUUUUGCCACGAGCUAGCGCAUAACUUUAUUGCACCACAUAAUUCGGAACAUGAAUACUACUUUUCUUCCUUCGCCGAGUCUUAUAUGACAAAUUUUCUAAUUAAAAUGAAAAAACUUGGGAUUAUUUAA